AUGAAAAAACAGCCAGCAUCACACAACUUGAAAUGCAAAGAAAUGUGUGGGAAGGGUAGUCUCCUAAACGAGGAAAGUCAUGAACCUGGCGUUGAACUACACUCUUACGUGAAUGGAGUAGGAAUGGAGUAUCAUAAUGAUGAUAGGAUUAUACUCGCAAAACGAGACAUCCAUCCAUCGGAGAGAAACAGAGUAGUGAUGGUACCAACUGGUAACAUCACGAUUGCAAGUUGUGAUGACCCAGGAGGACAUAGCAAAAAGGAAAACAGAGAAUUAGUAAUUAAUGGCACGAGGUAUUGGAACACAGACGGACUUACCAUGAAGAGAUCUAAAGCAAAUAGGGUGGGGUUGAGGUAUCGUGAUGAAGGAUGGAUCACGAUUUAUGAGUGGAAUACUCACCCCCCUGAGGAUAAAACAGAGUAUGAAAUGGAAGAAAGGACAAUAUUCAUAAGUACGUGGAAACCAUGGGACCCCGAGAAUAGCAGAAAUGAUGAUGUUACGGAAGAGGAAUCUACAAACGAUGAAGAAUUAGUAGAUAAAGAUUAUUGGUGGGAGCAAUACUAUAGAAAAAAGGAUACGACCGUCGGUGUGCCUAAUAACCACCAAGAUGAUAGGGACGAAGUAGUGUUAGUACCAACCAGUGUCAUCACGAUUAUAAGUUGUGAUGAUCCAGGAGGACAUGGUAAAAAGACAAACCGGGAAUUAAUGAGUAGUGGCACAAGGCAUGGGGAUAUGGAUGGACUUAUUGAUGGGAGAUCUGAUGUGAGUGGAGGUGAAUUGGGAUGUCAUGAGGAUGGAAGGACGAUAACUGAUGACUCUCCUGAUAAGGAUAAAAUGGAGGAUGAAAUGAAAGGAGGGACGGUGGUGAUGAAUGCAAGGAAAUUAUGGGCACCCGGAUACAAAAAAUGGUGGCAACGGACGAAUACACUCAAGAAGUUAAUGAUAGCAUAUGUAGACGUCAUUGCAAAACUAAUACAUUGCACAAUGAUGAUCAUUGUUAUGAUGAUUCUGAUAACCAAUGAAACUGUCUCGAAAUCUGAGUGUGCAGGAAUAGUGCGAUAUAUUGGUAGCAUUAGCAGGAAGGCCGGUGGUGCACAGAAGGAUGGAGGGAAAGAGAGCGUGAAAAGAGAACACAACAAAGGUUACAACUAA